AUGAAGCCCGUGAAUCGGGAUCGGCUUUUCUUUAAAGUCAGGGAUGGAGCGUUUUCCGAAGCUCGGAAGGCUCUGGAGGGAGCCAAAAUAGAGUGGAAGCAUUCCUCUCUGGAGCAGAACUUUCUCUUCUUCGCGGCAGCCCGAGUACGCCCUGGGUCCGAACAGCUGGCGAAGCUGUGUGUAAAGAUGGGGGUAGAUCUGGCAGAGACAGACAAGCACCAGCAGACUCCACUCUUCUAUGCUGCAUCGAGAGGGAAUGCCACAAUGGUGACAUUUUUGCUGAAUCUGGGGUUCGAGCCGAACUUCCAGGAUAACAUCAAAGAAACGCCAAUUUUUUACGCAGUUAGGCAUGGACACAAGGAGAUAACGAGCCUGCUUAUAGAACGGGGAGCAUCCCUAGACGUAGUUUCGACCGCUGGCCUCAGCCCACGGAACAUGUUGUCCGACUCCCAGCCAGACAUGCUCCAGACGACACGAAAGCGGAAAGCAGCUGACUCGCCAGAUGUCUCAUGCCCGGGUGCCUCCGCAAGAUCUCUAUUGACCAAGUGGGAGUGGGGGCAGGACGAGGAGGAGGAGCCACAGGACGAGAAGGAGCCCGUCCUCGAGAAGGCUAGCGUCGACAUCGUAGCCGAGAACGACGAGUACUAUGUAUGUGCAGCUGUCCACAACUGUGCGAAGCGCCUACGACGCUCCGAAAGGGAAUUUGCGGGCGACCAUGCCCAUCUGCACACGGGGCAUCCUUGGUAUGGAGAGUUACAGUUGAAAGAUGCUUCAAGCUUAGUCGGUGUCCCACUGGUCUUAACGAACAACCGGCUGGCAGCCAUUGAGAAUCUGGCAAGUGGCAAAUGCACAAAUCAGUUCACAUUGGCUGCGGUGUCGGCGAGCACAAACACUAUAGCAGGAUACGUUUUUGCCUCUUUUACAACUGACGUGCUGGACAUUGGGCAUUGCAAAGUCGAUCGAUCACAUCAAGGGAAAGGUUUGGGUGGUCUGUUGCUCCAAGCGGCAGAGACAAAUGCGAGAAACAAGGGCUCCGACCACUCCACGGUCAAGCUCUCGGUAUUGGAGACGAACGAGGCCGCAAUCAAAUGUUACUGCAAGGCGGGCUUCAAAACGACUGAAACCAGCCCUUCGAGCUUCCCUCCCACAGCGUGCACGAAAAUUCAGUGGCUGCGCAUGGAGAAGGGCGUGUCUUGA